AUGUCCGACGACGACCUUCUGAAUUUCAGCGGCGAAUUGCCGCCGUCUGAGUCGUUUCCAGACAAUGACGUCGGACUUCUUCUCAACGAAACGACGACGACGACGACGUUGGCACCGAAUGCUACGACGACUGCAAUUCUCAACAACAUCAUUAAGACGUUGCCUCCGGAAUUGCAGCCGUAUUCUCCGAAUCCAUUCCGCAUCGGAUUCCUCGCCUUCAAAUGCAUUCUUAUUAUACUUCUUAUCACUUUGUCAUGCACAAUUCGACGCGACUUUUUCAAAUUCUUCGUCAUUUUCCUUCUCGUUCCAUUGUUCAUUGAAGCCGGCUACGAUAUUUUCACCGAGAUUCAUGCCAGCACAUUGGCCACUGGAAUACUACCCUUCGAUUGGACAUAUUUGAACUUGAGAAUGUCGGACGCCAAUGCGACGGCUCACGAUUGGCAAAAACAAGCUUACGAGAGUUUUGGAAUCAUUUUGCGGAAAUACACCACAUAUCCAUUAUAUACCGAUGAUGCGAUGUUCUCGAUUAUCUCUUACGCCUUUGGAGAUUUCUUUUUUUGGUCGAUCUUCUUCUCCACUGCUACCGUAUACUUUUAUGCUCACAAAGCCGUCGUGAGACCUGAUGAAGUCGCUUAUGAGCCGGUUUGCAAAUCUUUCUUCAAAAUGCAAAUCUAUCCAAUCAUGCUCACCACAAUCGAUGUGCUCCUUUCAUAUUUCGAGGUCCCAUGGUUCGUCUAUCUUGGCGCAAUGACGAUUGUCCGAUUAGCCGCAUGCAUUCUCGCUUUUAUCAUUUUCACUCAAAUGUUCGCGUCAUUGUUCUUGUUCUGUCGUCGACAAGAUGAAAUGAACAAGGCAUCGCCAUACGAGCAGGUCAGGAAUUGCAAGAAGCGCCUCUUCUUCUUCAUCGUCUUCACAAUUCUCAUCAAUGUGCUCACCAUUCCAUAUUUGGUUUGGUCUGGAUUGUGCUUCGCUUCGAAUGUCGUCACCUACUUGCAUCUCGGCUGGUACCUUCCGAUGCAUUUCGCCUAUGAGAUGUUCCCCCUCCAUCUCACUUUCUUCCUUGUGAGACCAUUCGUCUUCCUUAUUCUUGUCCUCAUUUUCGUGAGCCCAUAUCGACGAAGAUUUAUUAAAAUAUUCUUGUUGGUCCUUCGUGAAUGGAAUCGGGUGUAUGGCUCACUUCUCACACGGAAAACGAAGGCAAUUAUCAAUUUUGCAAGUGUGAUAAGAGAACAGAAGGAUUAUAUUCCGUAUUACGAUAUGGAGUGGCUACUUGGAAAACGGUAUGAACCUUAUUAUUUUGGAUGCACAGGACCAUCGAUAAACGCUGAUAUGGAUCGAACUCCUGACGGAAUGGUUAUUUGCUGUUACUGUUGCCUUUCUGUUAAGAAACCGUAUGUUACGAGAGUACCGGAGAACGUGCAAUUGCGAAACCUUUGGGACAAAAUCCUCGGAAUAUCGUUUCAGCAGCGAGCAAAUCAAAAAUCUUCAGCUUAUAUAUGCAGACGCCAUCUUAAACAGCAUGGAUUUCGAUUUAUACCGUGUAAAGACGAACCGGAAUAUCUAUGGAGUAGUGAUUCGUUGGCUCAUCACGAUUAUUAUGAAUACAAAACACUUCUUGAAAAUGAGAAUGCCAACAUCGAUUAUUUGAUGAUUGAUUCAAAAAGGCCGAGCAUUUUCUGUGAAUUUACGCUUUGCUUGAGCGAGAAUUGCGUGAAAGUCAAAGCGAGCAAAUUUUUGAAACAGCUUCUGAACAUGUCUGGAAUCGCUGCCGGUCGUUUGGCUGAGGAGAGAAAAUCGUGGCGAAAGGAUCAUCCAUUUGGCUUUAUCGCAAAGCCAAUUAAGAAUGCAGAUGGAACGUUGAACCUUUUCAAUUGGGAAUGCGCCAUUCCAGGACGAAAAGACACUAUCUGGGAGGGAGGGCUUUAUCGCAUUCGCAUGCUCUUCAAAGACGACUUCCCGUCGACGCCGCCAAAGUGCAAAUUCGAGCCGCCACUUUUCCAUCCAAAUGUCUAUCCAUCGGGAACUGUCUGUCUCUCGCUUUUGGAUGAGCAGAAAGAUUGGAAGCCAUCAAUUACGAUCAAACAACUUCUCAUUGGCAUUCAAGACUUGCUUAACAACCCUAAUAUCGAAGAUCCUGCUCAGGCAGAGGCAUACCAAAUCUUCUGCCAAAACAGAACCGAGUACGAGAAGCGUGUAAAAAGGGAAGCGCAGAAGUACGCUGCGGACAUUGUACAGAAACAAAUUCUUGGCUGA